AUGCAGUAUAGUAAUUCAAAAUUGAACCCGCGGGCGUUGGCGUUACCGCAAUUGCGCAGCCUGAAGAAUGCUGAUAGAGAAACGUUUGAAAAAUUCAUGAAAAUUCAAGAAUGGUGGCUUGGCUUUGACACGAAUGAAAAGGUUCUAACGCAUAGCACACUUAUGGGGAAUAAGGAUGCCUUCUCGUGCAG